GGUUGACAAAUCCAUCUCCCAUAAAUUGGUUGGGCGAGAACAAAUUCGAGCUACUUUAAUGCAACAGUUAAGAGAAACUCAUAGGUGUCGUGACAUCCUACGCAUGGGCCCUGAUGCAUUUCUUCAAUUGUGUGAAAAAUUAAGAGCAACACGUCAACUGAGGGAUACAAAACAUGUUACAGUAGAGGAGCAAGUUGCUAGGUUCUUGUAUAUAGUAGCUCAUAAUGUGAAAACUAGAACCGUUUCUUUUUUCUACCACCGGUCUGGAGAAACUGUUAGCCGCCACUUCCAUGCUGUGUUACGGGCAAUUAUUUUACUAGAAGAUGAAUUUCUUCGACAACCAUCUGCAUCCAUUGUUUCUCCGGCGAUCCUUCACAAUCAUAGAUUUUAUCCUUAUUUCAAGGACUGUAUUGGAGCUAUAGAUGGAACACAUUUUCGUGUCAAAGUACCCAUAGCGGAUCAACCUAAAUUUCGAGGGAGAAAAGACUGGCCGACACAGAAUGUAUUAGCUGCAUGUGAUUUCGAUAUGAAGUUCACUUAUGUAUUAACGGGUUGGGAAGGAACAGCAUCUGACUCAAUAGUUCUUAAGAAUGCAUUAUCGAGGGAUGAUAAUCUUAAACUUCCAUGA